AUGGCUCUUCACUUGGUCGCUGCCGAGGAUGAGGUUCCAACACCAGUGCAAGUCUCGGCGGAUCCGCCUGAGCCGGUGAUAGUGGAUCUGUCUGAGGACGCCUCGUCGGACCAUGCCCCUGAUCCUCAAAAUGCCCAAAGUCUCCCUGUUGCCGAGGUACCUGUCCUGCCUGCUCCAGAAGCUUCUCAACCAUUCUUCGCCGACUCGCCCUCGGCUGAUGUUCUGGAGAUGCUUGGAGCCAGAUGA